AUGGGAACUGCUCAAUUACUGCUACUUAUAAGUAAUUUUCUUGUUUUUCUUUCUAUUGUUGUUUGUGGAGUUUCGGGUGCAGGAAAUAAUGUGCCACGCAAGAAUUUCUACAAGAGCACUCGUUGUCCAAAUGCUGAACAAUUUGUUAGAGAUAUCACUUGGAGCAAAGCUAAGAAUGACUCCACGUUGGGUGCUAAAUUGCUUCGACUCCACUACCAUGAUUGUUUCGUUAGGGGAUGUGAUGCAUCGAUAUUGCUCGAUAAAGUUGGAACAGAUCAAUUUGAGAAGGAGGCCAGGCCAAACCUCUCCUUGGGUGGUUUCGAUGUAAUUGAUGAUAUCAAGCGACAAGUUGAGGAAAAAUGUCCUGGGAUUGUUUCUUGUGCAGACAUUUUAGCAUUAGCUACUCGUGACGCUGUUUCUUUUCGAUUUAAGAAAUCACUAUGGGACGUGGCGACCGGAAGAAAAGACGGGAAUGUUUCCCUUGCAAGUGAAGUGAAUGGAAACUUACCUUCACCAUUCUCAGAUUUUGCCACCCUUCAGCAACUGUUUGCAAAGAAAGGCCUAAAUGUCAAUGAUCUUGUUGCAUUAUCAGGUAAAAUAUUAAUCAUACAAAACGAACUGUAUGCAGAGGAUUUGAAUUUAUGGGUUUUAAGUUUUAUGAUAGCAACAUCAUAUAUUAAUAACUGGAUUUUGAAUUUAAUUUUUAUAUAUAUUUACUAGAUUUCUAAAUGCAAG